CUCCAUAAUUUACGAAUUUCACUCUCUUUCUUGUAUCAGUAAAUUUUUUUUAACUUUUCAAUUUUUAAAGAAGAAAAUUACUCUCUUUUCAUAUGAUCAUAAUAUAAGGAUGAUAUCCAUUAAAUAUAUAAAAAUAAUAAUAUUAUCUACAAUAUUAUUAUUUAAUACUCUUGUCAAAGGCUAUGAACCAUUGGCCCGUUAUGGUCAUGGUUCAAUUGUUCUUGAAAAUAAUUUAUAUUUCUUUGGAGGUUAUGUAAAAGAAUCUGACGAAAAAGAAAUUAAUACAAAUGAUUUCUUUUAUAUAGAUUUAUCAAAGCAAUUUGACAGUUUAAAUCCACAAUAUAUUGACCUUAAACCGACUUCUAGUCCUCCAGUAAGAUUUAGUCAAGGUUCACUUACACCUAAUAAUCAAGGAACUGGAUUUCAUGUUAUCGGUGGUGUCUUGGAUGAUAUUAAUAAUAAUAAACCAUUUUAUGAUAAUUUUGUUUAUGAAUACGAAGAAACCACAAAUUCAUGGUCCGUACCAAAAAUUACUAAUUCUCCAAAAUAUUCCCAAUUAAAAGAAUUUGUUUCUGUUUUUGAUGAUGGAAAAUCUUAUAUUUUUGGUGGAAUUAACGCUGAUAAUCCAAAAACGAUUUUAGAAAUGCAAAUAUUUGAUAGUGAAUCUUUAACUUGGUCUUUGGCUUCAAAUAAAAUACCAAAUUUACAGGCUUUAUCCGGUUAUACUGCUACUUUACUACCUGAUGGUACUAUUGUAUAUAUUGGAGGUGCAUCUAAUCCCUUAUCCGACAUUUAUAUAUAUGAUACAAGAAAUGAUAUGUGGAAAUAUACGAAAAUUGACGCAGAAGGAAUAGAUCCAAGAAGUGGACAUACUGCGGUACUAGCUUCUGAUAAUCGAAUAAUUGUUUAUGGAGGAGUACGUGAUGAUAAUUCUGAAGCUCUUCCCCAAUUAGUUGUAUUAGAUACAAAUGAUUAUAAAUGGAUAGCCCCAAAAAUUGAGGAGACAGAGUCACGUGCUCAUCAUAUGGCUAAUUUGGUUAACGAUUAUAUGAUCAUUUCAUUUGGUAAAUUUCUACUUUUUUUUUCCAACUUACCGUUUAAGCGUUGCAUACAAUUAUCCGUACUAAUAAAAUAUUUUGUUUUUUAAUAGGUAAAUUUUCGAAAUCUAAUAGUCUUAGCAAUGAGAUACAAAUAUUAGAUACAAGAACAUACGAAUGGGUUGAUUCAAU